CCUGUGGGCAGUUCCCGCGCUGAAUAGGAAGUGUGUACUUGCAGCGAGGGAAUACAAUCCAGCCCCAUUAAUAACGUACCACAGGGCUAAAAUAAAUGGUAAACACCCAUCUACUCAGAUAGAAGUGGAAAAUGGCCGAUAAAGAAGUGUAUGAUGAUGCUGUGGAGGAAAGAGUCAUCAAUGAAGAAUACAAGAUUUGGAAGAAAAAUACGCCUUUCCUGUACGACCUGGUGAUGACUCAUGCCCUGGAGUGGCCCAGUCUGACUGUACAGUGGCUUCCAGACGUCACCAGGCCAGAGGGGAAGGAUCAUGCGGUUCAUAGACUGGUUCUGGGAACCCACACAUCAGAUGAGCAGAAUCACCUCGUCAUUGCCAGUGUCCAAGUGCCCAACGAUGAUGCCCAGUUUGAUGCCUCGCAUUAUGACAGUGAGAAAGGAGCAGAGUUUGGUGGGUUUGGUUCAGUGAGUGGCAAAAUUGAGAUUGAGAUCAAGAUCAAUCAUGAGGGAGAGGUGAACCGAGCGCGUUAUAUGCCCCAAAGUCCUUGCAUCAUUGCUACAAAGACCCCUACUUGUGAUGUACUGGUUUUUGACUACACCAAACACCCAUCUAAGCCAGAUCCCAGUGGAGAAUGUAGCCCAGACUUGAGGCUAAAAGGCCACCAAAAAGAAGGUUAUGGCCUCUCCUGGAAUCCCAACCUUAGUGGCAAUCUUCUCAGUGCCUCUGAUGACCAUACCAUUUGUCUGUGGGACAUUGGAUCUGGCCCAAAGGAAAGAAAGUUGGUGGAUGCCAAGACCAUCUUCACUGGCCACACAGCAGUUGUAGAGGAUGUCUCCUGGCAUUUGCUUCAUGAAUCUCUUUUUGGUUCAGUGGCUGAUGACCAGAAACUCAUGAUAUGGGACACUCGGUCCAACAACACUUCCAAAGCGAGCCACGCUGUAGAUGCACACACUGCAGAGGUCAACUGUUUGAGCUUUAACCCUUACAGCGAGUUCAUUCUGGCUACUGGUUCAGCUGACAAGACCGUUGCACUGUGGGAUCUAAGGAACCUCAAACUGAAGCUCCAUUCCUUUGAAUCCCACAAAGAUGAAAUCUUUCAGGUGCAGUGGUCCCCUCACAAUGAGACAAUCCUGGCCUCCAGUGGCACUGAUCGACGUCUGAAUGUGUGGGAUCUAAGUAAAAUCGGGGAGGAGCAGUCUGCUGAAGAUGCUGAAGACGGCCCACCAGAGCUGCUGUUCAUCCAUGGUGGCCACACAGCUAAGAUCUCAGACUUUUCGUGGAACCCCAAUGAACCCUGGGUCAUCUGUUCCGUUUCGGAAGACAACAUCAUGCAAGUCUGGCAGAUGGCUGAGAAUAUCUACAAUGAUGAGGAGCCAGACACCCCAGCAUCAGAAUUGGAGGCUCAGGGAUCAUAACCCACUUUGUACAGUAUCUUUAUCUAGUAUCCUUUUUAUUUCCUGCAACAUUAGGUGUUCAAUUCAAACUUUUAAUCUUGGUUAUCACAAUAUUUUCAUUGAUUACUUGCCAUUCACAUAUUAUUAAUGUUCUGUUUACCUUAAAUACAUA